AUGACGGUGGAUGAGCAAAACGAGCUACCCGAAGCUACCCGAAGAGAGGACGAAUUCCAAAGGCAACUCUCCUCAGACGUCCAAAGCUUGAGAGAGAAGCUAGAAUGGGUCAUGCACAUAGAUGGGUCCAGCAACGUCAGAGGAGCUGGAGUCAGAAUAGUGCUCUCCUCGCCGAGAGGGAACACAGCUUCAAGAGCUGUUAGGUGCAACUUCAAGGCAACCAACAACGAGAGCGAGUACGAGGCCUUGAUUGCAGGGCUCGCACUCGCCCACCAGAUGGGUGCAGAGAACAUUCAGGUCUUCAGCGACUCUCAGCUGAUAAUUAACCAGGUACAAGGAGAAUAUCAAGCAAAGGACGACAUCAUGAUCCAGUACCUGGUAGUCGCCCAGUGCCACAUCAAGAAAUUCAAGAGCUGCAAGCUCACACAGAUUCCUAGGGAGCGGAACUGGCAAGCGAUGUUCUGGCUAAUCUAG